UUUCUCUUUCUUGAAAAUUAUAGACUAAUUCUUUACGAACGUUAAGCGAAUUUUGAAAAGAUGGCACGCAUUUUUGAAGUUUUUUCCCAUUCAAGAUGUUAAAAUUAAUUCAAACUCAAAGUAUUAGCCAGUAUUAUAACUAAGUUACAAUAUUAGAUCACCAUGCAGAUCUUUGUGAAAACCCUAACUGGCAAAACCAUUACUCUGGAAGUAGAACCUAGUGAUACUAUUGAGAAUGUAAAAGCAAAAAUUCAAGACAAAGAAGGUAUUCCACCAGACCAGCAAAGACUCAUUUUUGCAGGUAAACAACUGGAGGAUGGACGGACCCUUUCUGACUACAAUAUCCAAAAGGAAUCAACUCUUCAUCUGGUUCUGCGAUUGAGAGGAGGGAUGCAGAUUUUUGUCAAGACCCUCACUGGAAAAACUAUCACUUUGGAGGUGGAACCAAGUGACACAAUUGAGAAUGUAAAAGCAAAGAUCCAAGACAAAGAAGGCAUUCCACCUGACCAACAGAGACUGAUUUUUGCAGGUAAACAGCUGGAGGAUGGACGGACCCUUUCUGAUUAUAAUAUUCAGAAAGAAUCUACUUUGCAUCUUGUCCUAAGACUGCGUGGUGGAACAAAAUUAGUAGAUUGAAAGUAAUGAAACAAUAUUUGGAAGCAUGACACCACAUAAAUGCUACUAUGCUGUUAAAAAAUUAUAACAUUUACUGUGAAAUGUGUUAAUUACGUGGUGAAGCUUUAUCUCGGUUGUUUUGUAGAUUUUUAAUGCUCCAAGUAAUCUAAGUUGUGGUAUAUUCAGUAGCUGACUUACAAUUGCAUAUUAUGUAUGUUUUUGUUAUUGCAAUGAAUAAAAGUACAGAAGUUUGUGCCUAAGAAAACUGU